UCGCAGCGCACAGUGAGCCGCAGUAAAGUGGACCAGACACCGGAGAGAGAACUCUCAGAAGACACGGUCAAGGUGAUAAAAGUGGACAACUCCUGAACUACCUGUACAUUUGUUGGACUAUACUGGGACACAAACAGCUGCACCUGAAGAUUCCCCGCCCUGAUUUAGAGUUAAAUCUCUGUGAAGCCAACGCAGCUUUUAUAUCCAGACUUUUUGUUUUUGUUGAAACUUUAACGCUACCUUAAAGGACAACCAUGCUCAACCUCUGCCUCGUGUUGAUUCUGUCUGCCUCCGUUUUCUCAGAGUCGCAGGUUAGGGAGACGGAGACAUGGAUGCCCAUGAAGACCACACAGAAGGACCCCAUGUCGACGCACCGCGACGACCUGGAGUCAUCGGGAGACUCCCUGAACGGCUCCGACUUCGGCUUCACGGACGACGAAGACAAAGAUGACGAUAAUGGAUACACCGACACGCUGUACGAUGAUGAGGACGAGUACGAUGAGUCCUCUGGGUCUGGAGAUGGAGAGUCCAAGACAUCAGCUAAGCCUGAUGUGAAUGACAACAAGAUCCCAGAGGUGAAACCCCCGGUGCGACCAACCGUCAAUGAGGUGGAAAUCGUCCGGAACAGCAACGAGAUCCCCCUGCAGAGGAACGAGGCGGAGACUGGCGAGCCGUCCAACGUCCUCAUGGCCCACGCCAGCGACGACAGCAUCUUUAACAAGACGGAGGUCCUGGCAGCUCUGAUCGCGGGCGGCGCUGUCGGCCUGAUGUUCGCCGUCCUCCUCAUCCUCCUCCUCAUCUACCGCAUGAAGAAGAAGGACGAGGGCAGCUACGACCUGGGGAAGAAACCCAUCUAUAAGAAGGCCCCCACCACAGAGAUCUACGCAUAAAACCCCUCCAACCUCCACCUCACACACACAAACACACACCUCACACCCCCUUAAAAACCCCAAUCAGGGCCGGAUCCUGGCCUCACAGUGCCUCAUCAUCAUCAUCAUCAUCAUCCUCAUCAUCAUACCUCCUCCUCACUUUUCUUCUGACUGUACAGCGGAGUGAUGCUCGGUUAGAAUCAGGAGAGAAGCCCCCGACGACACAAUCGAUUGACUGACUCUUUCCUACCUGAUGCAUACUAAUAUUAUUGGUGCUCUCUUAACCAAUCAGAGGCUUUGUUGGUGCGCUUUGUCAAACAAACUUGGGAAAGGAGCGACAGGAGUGGACGAUUUCAGCUGCGGUAGACCGUCAUCUUUUUUCUUUUUUUGUCUCGUGUUUUUAUUAUUUGUCCCCAUGUCAAGAGAAAAAAAACAACAGAACUUAAAAACCGAGGACUUCUUCUUCUUUUCCUCCACCUUCCAGUUAAAAACACUAACGCUGUGCAAUGAUUUUAAUUCUUUUUUUUGUCUCGGUAUGGUACACAUUAACAGUCCAGUUAUUUAUUUCCCCUCCUCUUCCUCUCCACCUCUUUCUUGGACUGAAGCUUCUCACAUGACUGAAGCAAAAAUGAUUUUUAAGUGAACGUUUUAUAUAUUUUUUCUUUUUAAAAAAACUCCUUGUAAUGCAGAGAGAUUUAAGACAUUUCAAUUUUUCUAUUAAAGAAAGAAAUGUUUGAUUCAGAGAGGUAAACGUCACCAUAAGGCUGUGUGGUUUUAUGCUGUUUUCCAUGACGACAUUUGGUCAUUUUUAUCCUGAAAACGCUCAGAAAAUUAGCCAAACAAAGGGUCAAGAAGUAUUUGCAAAUGGUUGUUUCUGCCUUUUUUCCCUGUAAACUUCAUUAAAACGACCUUUUUAAAAGAGUUUUUCUUGAAACCUUCUGGCAUGUUCUUUUUCUCCUCGAGGAGGGAAAGUCCCAUCCGUCUGGCACGUAGCACCAGAUAAGUAAGCUAAGCUAAUCCAGGAAAAGAAUUUGCAAAUACUGUAUGACCCAGGUCAAACAAACACACAAACACGAACGCACACAGUUGUGUAGCACAGUGUUGUCCUCUGCUGCCAGUUUGGAGAGGACUUCAAAAGGAAGGUGUUUUACCACUAUAAUAAUUACCGCUGUGCCUCGGGUUUGUUUUCUGUUAUUAUGGUGAAGUCAAACCAGCGAGCUCCUACAGGACGACACACCUACAUUCCUCACACACACACACUCACACACAGACACACACUCAGCUGGGUCGUGUGUGAAGGGAGCAAAGAUUCAACACCUUGUUGACAGCUUUUAUUCACUGUUUUUGCUGAGUUAGAUUCAGAUUGAUCACACUCAUGUCUGCAGCUGGUUAGCUUAGCUUAGCUUAGCUUAGCACAAAGACUGGAAACAGGUGGAAACUGCUAGCCUUGCUCUGUCCAAACAGAACAAAACCCACCUGGUUGGGUUAGUUGUUGGUCUUGUGAGAGUUAAAAUACUGCACAGACAGUAUUGGGUACAUAAUAUAUAAUCAAUAAAUUUGGCUUUAAGUAUCGUAAAUGACAGAGUUUGGCUGAUGUUAAGGUUUGUUAUUUUAAAGCCACAAAUCAUGCAAUGCAACUUUAAACAAGGUAGAUUUAGCUUGUUUAAUCUUUUAAAAAAACAACUUUUGUAUGGUAUAAUCUACAACCCAAUUUGUCAUUUGUACUCUUAGUUUUUACAUAUUAAACCAAAUUGGUGCUAGGGCAGAGCUAAGCUAGCUGUUUCCCCUUGUUUCCAGUCUUUAUGCUAAGCUAAGCUAAGUGUAGCCUCGUGUUUAACACACAGACGUGAGCGUGGUAUCGCUCGUCUCCUCAAAUUGUCUGCCAGAAAGCAAAAAAAAACUAUGAAUUAUAUAUUCCUUUAACUUCUCACUUCAUGUCUGACCAUUAAGGUGCACACUCACUCAUUCACUCACUCUCUCACUCAUUCAUUCUCUUACUUUUUUUUUGUCCAGUGAGAAGAGACGUUAAGCUCUGUGAUCGGAGAAACUGGUAGUUUUUGGUACUUUCAGUUUUGUUUUGUUUUUUUUAACUCAUGGGGUUGAUGCUUUCUCAAUAAGCUACACCGUCAGUUUGUUGUUAGUUUUAUAUUUUAUGUUCAUUAUGGGGUCUAUGAGCAAUCGCUAAAGCCAUCAUGAACAGGUUGGAUGCUCACAUUUCUUAGCUGAAGCCGGCGGCACACAGACUGCUCUACCAAGGAUUUGUACAUAGUCAUUAGAUAAAAAUAAAAUAAAGAAAAACAAACAAAAAAAAUAUUAACUUGGUACUUAGCCACAUCCUGGCAACAAAAAAUAUCUACCAAAUAUUUAAAUGCCAAAUAGUUUUUUCCUGUUUUGUUUUUCCUGAGCAGUAACGUUCCUGUGAUUUACUGUAAAUGUAAAUGAGUUUUGAUACUACCAAUGCUAAUACUAACUCACCUCCUCUCAUUUGUUCUCCAGUGUUUUUUUAUUUUAUUUUUUUUCCUCCAGUAGAUCAGCUCGUUCCUUUUUUUUUUGUAUUAAUUUAACUGUCAAAUUAUUUUAUUGCCUUCUUUCAGGUUGGGGUGUUUCCCCCUUUUUAAGCUGUUGUAUAUGUGAUUUUAAAAGUUUUAUAUUACACUAGUUUGAGAUUUUCAGAAGCAAAUAGUUUUGAAACUUUUUAUUUUGUAAGAGUUUCUAUUAUCUUUUAGACUUUUUUUUUUUGCUUUUGUAUUUAUGUUUUAUUUUCUUUUUUUUGUUUUGUUUGUUUUUGUUUGUAGAAGGAUUGAUUAUGUGGUUGGUGUUCAUCUCGUUGUUCAGGGGAUGUUGUGCCGAUGAGCCAUGUUGUCAGAAACAGACCUGGGGCUGAUUAUAAGAUAGAUUUUUUUGUUGUUUUUCUCCUUCGUAGCCAAAAGAGACAGAGAUUAUUUCACUGACGUGUAUCUGGAAAUUCAAGGUCUCCGGUUAGAGAAACGUCUUGACGCUCGUUCAAGGUCUUUACCUCCUUAAAAACAAAAAUAUUUAAUCAGGAAAACACUGAUAAAUGUUUCCUUCCAGUGUGUCAGCAAGUAUCAUCCUGACCUUCACCUCAGACAGUAGAAACUCUGAUUAGAUUCAGUUAUAAUCUAAUGACCCCCCCCAGUUAAUCGGCCUCAGGUCUGGUCAGUGAGCAUGGGAGAGAAAACGUUAUGUUCUGCUGCUUAAUGUCACAAACAUCACAUGUGAAUCACCAAUGGAGUGGAGAAGCCAAUGAAUCAUUGGUUUCUGCAUGCAGGUUCUGAUUUAUUGGAAAUAAAGCUAUUUUUAUGCACAUUAACAUUUUAA